AUGGCCGGCGAAAUUCCGCCGCCGCUCCCUCCGAUCCCUCCCUCCGCUCAAUCAGCAGCCCCUCCCUCCCUCCGCUCCACUUCUCCCACCAUGGCCAAGCUCACGCCGUCCCAUCAGCAGCAGAUCGGAGAGGAGGUCCCGGCGGCCGGCGAUGUUCUUGGGGAUCCUCAACUGCAGGUCGGUGGGGAGCCAAAGAUGUCCAGCGAAAUUCAUGGGAAGCCGCCGAAGAAGAUCCGCAAGAAGAAGUCCAUUGAUGCAUGUGGGGAGCUGCAGUGGGCCAGCGACGUCCGUGACAGUAACGAGGUUCCCACGUCACUUCCAUUAUCAAAGAAGAGCGCCAAGAAGGUUACAAUAAAAAAUUCAGAUAAAAGUCCAACUGCAGGGACCAAAAGACCACUUUCAGAGGCUAGUGGUAGCUCAAGAGCAAAAAAGGCUGCCAAAUUGAUUAAUGCCAAGGUUGAAAUGACUCAACCGCAAAACAAGUCUAAGCCCGUAAGAAAAGUUGCUCCAAUCGUAUCUAGAUCUCCUAUGAUAAAUAGGAUGGCAAGACAAAGGGCGCAAUCACAUGGAAGUCCAAAUUUGCAUGCAAUAUCUCCCACUGUAGCCGCGACUUUGAAGCUCCCUUCUUUGCAUGAUCUAUCACCUACUGCUACAAAUGGCACAGCAGCAUUUAUGCAUGAUCUAUCACCUACUGCUACAAAUGGUACCCCAGCAUCUAUGCAUGAUCCAUCACCCACUCCUACAAAUGGCUCCAAACGCAGGCCACGCAAGCUUACCUCUAAAAUAUGGAAGGAUGCUGAGCCAAUAUAUGUCGGGGGAUUAUUAAUGCAAGGCCGAUGCAAGUAUUGCGACAAUGUAUUUCCAGCUUCAAAGGUAUCAGGUACCAGCCAACUUGGUAGACAUUUGAAGAUAUGUGAGGUGAAAGAUUCAAUGGAUGGUGUGAUUAAGCAAAUCAAAACUUCCUAUGAAAUAGACCCUGAUUGGAAAUUUGAUCAAGAAGCUGCCAGAAUUGAGCUUGUCAAUCUAGUUGUCUUGCAUGUGCUCCCGUUUACAUUUGUUGAGUAUGCUGGUUUUAGGAAGUUUUGUGCAUCAUUGAAUCCAUGGUUCAAGUCAGUCAAUAGAGUAACUAUCCAAAGUGAUUGCAUGGAAGCUUACCAUCAGUUUAGAGAUGUAAGGGAGACUGGAGCGGUGAGGACCGUGACACCACUGCCAAGAGAGGGAGGCUUGCUGGGCACCCACCACGCCGUACUAGUGGUCGUGCCUCUCAGCUCGCUGGUGGCAGCUCAGCUAGGGGCCGCACUAAGACAUCUGCCAAUAAGAGGAAAGAUAAACAUGCAGCACAGGAUGGUGAUGAGCUGCUCAUCAACCAUGUUGUGCCCGCACCUCUCAAUACUCAAGGUGAGCGGGUCAGGAUGGAUGCUUUCAAGGUACCUGCCCAAGGUGAUAGACAAGAUGUUCCUGAGAUGA